GUAGGCAUGGUGUAGGCUCGCGAGACUUUUUGUAACUCUUCGUUGUGUAGCUGAGGAAAACAAUUCUGCAGUCAACCGUCUUUACAAAUAUCAAUGUGUUGAAUUUUGUUUGAAAAAACUUUCUUUCAACCAUGUACAGUAAUCAUGGUCUGAUUAUCAAUUUCAAUUGUGGCAUACAUCGUUCAAACAUCUUUGAAUUGAACCCUCGCCAUCGUCCGGGUAGAUAGCUCAUCGAACGAAGUUCACCCCUAUUAUGAAAGAUGGCGACAUACAGACGGGUAGUGAGGGUAGUGAAAGUGGGAUUUAUAUUUCAUAUCGCCUUACCCCGGGAGUUUCAUUACAUAGUCAAACAAAAACCGUAUUAUUUAGAUAUAACAAAGGUUGUUAUUGUUCCCUAGAAUUUGGGACAAGUUAUAACUAAAUAUCAACUACAUUUUUGCCAUUAGUGCAUCUCAUGUGUGGAAAAGACCAAAGAAAAUUGUAAUCGCGGCUUUCUGGGCUCGAUAUCAGCCCUUCCUACUGCGUUUUGCUUAGGACUUGAGGGAUCGUCGCUUCAAGUUCUGCGCGACGUCGUUCGGAUUCCUAUUCGGAAUCCUCCGCCCUCAGUCAGUCGCCCGGUCUCAGCGCUCAGGCCUUUAGUCCUCGGUCCUCAGUCGUUCGCUUCAAGCAUCCGUGACGUGAUUAUACUGAGUGGCGAGUGCGCUUUGAAGGCACACUCAGAUACCUAACGAAACCACCGCAGACCGCAUCGCUGCACCUUACAACCCCAUAGGGUAUACCCGGUUAGAAUCGAAGAAGAGACGAAAUAAUAAGUCUCGCGUUCUUGUUCCAUUUUUAUUUUUGUUUUGUUUUGUUUCUUUUCAUUUCUAUUUCAUUAAUUUCGCUACAGCUACGCGUAACACGUUGACGUUUAUUAUUAUCUGCCUUCUGCCUAGAGAAGAGGCAGAGGUUCUUAGCUUCAGUGUUUCACGGAGUGCCGGCGAAUACACGUCGUAACCACAGUACAGGUUCAAAGUAUCGAAGUGAACAGUCGGCGGCAUAAAAUAUAAUUUAAUCGUACAAACUAUACGUAAUAUAUGUAAAGUGCAAUAAAUUGGUCAUCAAGCUAAGGACCUUCUACAGAGGAAUUUAUCAACAUCGGGGGUCAAGGGAAUCGAUUAUCAUAGAACGGGAAUUCUCGAUAGGCAAUUCAUUGGAUAACAUAUUGAAAAGGGCGUUUUUCGGAGGUAAAUAAGAAAGUACGAGAAUGGCGGAGGUGGCGUCAAAGAAGUCUAUGAACGUUGUAAGUAGUAGUAAGAAAAGCAGUGAGGCGUGCAGUGUAAAAUCUAACAACGGUUUGAUAGACUUAGAUAACAUAACAUCCAGCAGUAACAACCAACUAAUAACGAAAUUAUCCGACGACGAUUUGCUAAUAGCUAAUAAUACGAGCUGCAACAAAAACGAUAUAAAUGUGGAUGACAAAAGUCUCCAGGAACUCAUAGAGAGCGAAUUGGCACUAAGGAUAUCGUCGACAAACGACAUUGACAAUGGGGACGACGAGGGAGAAUAUGACGUGAUUGCAGGUUUUAUAGAAGAAAUCGAAGUCACAAGAUCGCAACCGGAAAUCACGAAGAUAGUUUUAGAGCCACGUCCGAACCCACAGGAUAUCAAUUCCGAAUUCAUAAUUGCCGAAAUAAACCACUACAACGUUAUCGAAGAUCGAUACCCCCCAGAAAACGGUCAUUUUUUAACUGAUCUGGAAUCGACGCUCCAAAAUGAACAUGAACCAGUCACAGGAUCAAACGGAAUCUCAGAUGAGAAUGUGAUCCGGUCGCAGAGAAACGGUGAAAUGGAACAAAAUACGAUCUUAGAAGACAAUGGAAGGUCAAACAUCGGUGAGACGGUACGAGAUAUUUCGGAAAAGGAUAUUAUAACCAACCGAGAGGGUGGCGUUUCGCAGGGAGGGCAGGUGGCCAAAAUUUUCGAUGAUCAACCCUGCCUGGACAAUGUUGACGGGGAUUAUUCGUGCAGGUCAGUUUCAACCAUGGACCAUAGUGCUCAGGUUCGCGACGAAAGGGAACAAAAAUUGUCGGGAAAAAUUGCGCUCGACGACGAACAAAGCGAAACCAAAGAUCAAAUCUCAGAGCAAAUUUUUGACUCUUCUUCCUCAAAAACUAACGAACUAUUGGAUACAUGGUCUAACCCUGAAUCCUCGGGAGAUACUUUACUGAUCGGUCAGUUCUCCGAUAACUUUGAUGAAAGCUUGACCACCCAGCAAACUGAAGUUUCACAAGUUGAAACUGAAGAUUCCCAAUGCCUGGACGUUCUGCAAAAUCUUAAGUCGGAGGAAACAAGGCCAUUGGAAACAACGAGUAAUCAAUUUUUGAACGAAGAUACCUCUGACAUUGUUCAAGGUACAUUCGAACAGGUUUUUACGGUCACGGUAGACAGCACAAACGGACUCGAUUCUCAGACAUUCGAACUCACGGACGACCUGUCAUCCGAACAACAAACCCUUAAAGAACAAGUUGUUCAAGGUGAAAACGUAGAGAGUUUGGACAACGCCGAAAAGAGUGGUAAAGUCGAAGCGGAGAGUCUUCGUGAAGUGACGUCCACAUCCACGGACCCGGAUGUUCAGGAUUUUGAAGCAUCUGCAGGUUUCGAGAGAACCGUUUCUUCGGAGGUUCUGAAGACGCAAGAAUUUAUAGAAUUCGAACGACUGGAUGCUCGUGAGGCUGAAAUAAGUGAAAAAACCGUCUCUCCGGAUGAUUUCCAACAGUCGCUUGAUCUUGAAACAUCGAAUGAUUCCACAAACCCAAAGGAGACGAGUUCCACCGUAGAGGUAAUCCAGGCAACCGAAAAAUCAUCGAACUCGGAAUCGCCGCGCGUUUUUUCCGACAGUAUAUACGCAGAUCAUUGCUUUGUGGAGACUCAUGGUCAAGGUCAGCAGGAAUUUGAGUCUUGGACAACAGUUGAACAAGCGACCGGCGUGCCUUUGCUCGACGAACCCGAAGGAACCGAGGAUCUUAGUCAAAAUGAGCAGCAAACCAACGACCCUAACCUUGCGCUCACUAACAUUAGCGACAACUUGAACGCGGCUGAUCUUCAACAGCUUGCUCCCUUAGCCACUCCUGAUGACGAAAUAAGCGAUGUCUCUAACAAGUGUGAUUCUCACAUCGAAAGCAGGGAGGAGGUAAUCACGACUACUUCCGUCGUCACAAAUUCAACUACCUCUGCCAAGAGCACGAAAACUGCAAAGACAAAAAAAAAGAAAAUCGAAGGUGUUGCGAAUAGCGAUGCCUCACCAGGUCUCACACCACGAACCAAGAAGACUAAGAAAAGCAAGAAGAGCGAAUCUGAGAAAGAGAACGUGAACGGUAACAUAGACGAAUCAAACAUGCGUACCAAAAUCAGCCCAAGUUAUCCGGGAAAAGUUGAGCCUGUGACUGGCGACGAUGAGCUGUCAAAUGUCAACGUAAAAACUUUGACACAGAGCUAUGUAUCCGAGACGAAUAAAACAGAACAAGAAAAGAGCAACAAGGAAAUCAUCGCCACUGGUGUAUCCAUUAAGCAACUGUGCCGAAGCUGGCUUGGUGACCUGUCAAACAUGAGCGAUACAGAAGCUGACGGUUUUGGUCAAGAGGAUCAUGAAAUGCCAGAUUGCGAAGAGCGGAGGGCCACAACUACAUUGGAAGGACGACAUUUUUAUCAUACACGCCAUAGCGUGCCCAAUGGUUCGAUGCAAUCCAUUAAUUCAACUACAAAAGAAAGCCUGAUAUCUUGUGAAUCAGGCUUUUAUACGAAAGCAAAGUCAAUGGGUGACUUGAGAAUAAUUUCUCAGGAUCGUACGGAACUUGCUAAAGAUGCAACAAUAUUCAGCAGUGUUUCUGUAAAAGCACUUAGAGCGUGCUACUGUAGUUUGGCUAAUUUAAAAAUCGACAGUCUUCAAAAGGACUCAACCGACCUGCCUAGACCACUCGUCAAGUAUCAGAAAUCGAGCUUCAACAAAUUCGAUGCCUUAAGCAAGAAACCCGUCCUUCAUGUUCGAUCAGUUGACACUGGAAAAGUUCAACAACAAUUCAAUUCGGUUGGUCAAAAUGGUGAGCCAAUUCCGAAUUGCCGUAGUUGUGGCAAAGUGGUAUUUCAAAUGGAACAGACGAAGGCGGAAGGAUUGAUUUGGCACAAAAAUUGCUUCCGGUGCAAUCAAUGCAGCAAACAGUUGAACGUCGAUAAUUACCAAAGUCACGAAACGACUCUGUACUGCAAGGCCCACUUCAAGGAACUAUUCCAACCCAAGCCAGUGGAAGAAUCCGACCAGCCCAUUCGUCCACGCAAACCUGAGCUGAUAAUUCGAGAGAACCAGCCGAAAGAAUUGCCGCCAGAUGUGGUCAGAGCGUCUGAUAAGCCAGACUUGGGACUCGAGGAACUCUCUGCGCUCAACGUUAAAUCGCGUUUUCAAGUCUUUGAGAAAACUGGGGUAGAAAAUAACGACAUCGAACGGUCUCCAUCUCAAGUCGCCGUCAAACGAUCACCCAGCAUUCUCAGCAAACUCGCUAAGUUCCAAGCUAAGGGAAUGGACAUUGGUGUUGCCGAUGAAUCCCUCAAUGGAAUUCCCUAUGAAGAGUCUAGCGAGAGUGAAGAGGAGGAAGAAGACACUGAAGAAGUUGAGACAGAAAUAAUAAAAGCAAAACGUUCAACACGCGAACGUCCUAUGAGUUUUUCAAAAAUGGAUGACAUGAAAAAUCGAUGGGAAUCUACAAGCCAGCAGGGCAGACGAGAAUCACAGCGAGAAGCUCGGAAGGAGGAAAUCGCCGGGAUCCGUUCGCGUUUGUUUAUGGGAAAGCAAGGGAAGAUGAAGGAGAUGUAUCAACAAGCGGUAGCUGAGAGUGAGCGAGUGACAAAGAUCAAUGCUGCGGAGGAGAUCCAGGAGAUACAGCAAACCGCCCACGCUCGAUCAAUCAAGGAACGAUUCGAACGCGGUGAACCGAUCGCAGCAAACGACGACGAAAAUCCCGAGGAUAAAUUUAAACAUCAAGAUCGUCCUGACGAGGAGGUUAUCGCCGCUGGUAUCAGCAAGAAAUCGCGCAGUCUUUUCCUAGAACUCGAUGCAACGGCUGCCAAAACUGCAAGGCCUGUCACACCAGUUACCCCAAAAACACCAGCAGAUUCAACGCGACGUGCCCGUGACGCUUUCGUGGGACGUCAAGUAUCCGAGGACGUGAUUCGAAGCACAGAUACCGCAGAGGAGGUCCGAGCAGAGACUUCGGAUAUAUCGAACAAAUUCAAGUUCUUCGAGGCUUACAAAGCGCCUGAGAAACAGCGAAGACAAUUCAGAAUCACUCCACCACGCGACGGACAAGUCAAGAUGGAGUCUCCAGAACGUGAAAUUUACCGCGACCCGGAAGUUGUGCGAGCAGAUGACAGGGUUGAUGAAGUUGUUCGUACCGACACAACGACGAAGAUGUUGUCAAUCUUCAGACAAAUGGAGGAAAAGGCUUGCAAAGAAGAUCUACCUGAUGGCCCCAAGCCUUUGAAACGUUUCACACCACCCCCAGAAGAUAAAUUUGCUAAACCCACUGCUUCGGAAUCAGAAGAGGAAGACGACGAAGAAGGCGAAGAAUCUGAGGCUGGUGAAAGCGGAGAGGAACGCGAUCCCAACUACGUCCGGGCUUCGGAUAAGGUCGAAGACGAAUUUUUGAAGCAGGCUCAAAACGCUGCUCGUGCAAAAACGCUCCGUGCUAAAUUUGAGCAUUGGAAAACAACCGACGACAAAGUGACUAAUCAUAAUGUAGCGGAAAUGGAAAUCGCGCAAGGAGUCGGGGAUCAGUCAAGCAUAGAAUCCGCCAGCAGUCUUAGGGCCCGUUUCGAGUCCCUUGGCUCUCAGCCUUCUGAAGCACCCCGCACAGCAAAAGUAAAAGUCAACAGAUUCGUGAGGAACCAGUAAAACACAAGUACGCUACUGAGAAUGAAAAAGAGAUGAGAAGAUGCCCAACGGAUUUGCCAAAGAAGAAUAUAACGAAGAUAAGCAAAAAUUUGUAGAACGAUGAUCAUUGUUUGGAUUAUUGUCGUUCGAAUAUUAGUUUUUUUUUUUUUUUUAAUAGUAAUAUUACACUAAAUCGUUAUAGUUGGGUAUAAUGUGUGAAUAAUAAACUUCUAACUAUCGUUGAUGGCCUAAAGUACUUUGCAAUGAAUAAUAAAGGUCUCAAUUACAAGUAACGUAACAUACAUAUUAUGGGGUACAAUUAUACAAUCUAAUAUGCAUAUUUUACACGUUAUGAAGUUUUUAAUCAUCGUCACGAUACCAAUCUUACAAUAGUUCUCGUUUUAUCAAUCAACUUGAAAUGCAAUUUUUUUAUUUACACACUCCUAUUGGCAAUGAUUACCCAUUGAAUGAACAAUUAUACAAAUUGUGUACAGCUGUGAUUCAAUGAUUUUUAUAUUAGACAGACACAGCUAAUUGUUCAAAUUUUUAAAACAACUAUUAGCUACUACUUCGUUCAAUCUAGUUUACCAUUUUUGCCUUAUUUGUUUAGAGAGGUGGGGGGGGGGGGGGGGGGGGGGGGUAGGAGUUGGCCAUGGUGGUAGACAUUUAUGAUUAUUGAAAUCUAUGUCAUUACAUACGAAGCAUUACUAUAGUGCCAAUCGAGAAUACAUAGUAAUGUUUUUACAAUUAUUAUUAUUUUGAGAAUUAUAUAGUUUGCCGAUACAAAUAUUUCAAAAUGAAAUAAACUUAUGGACUGAUUUGAAAAUGCUUCCUGAAGAAAAAUUGUUUAAAUAUAUGAUAUUAUGUGAACGAAUAGUGAAUUAAUUCACAAAAAACAAAGGAAACUAAAGUAUAAAUAAAUACUAAAAAUAUCGAUCAAUCUGUAGAGAUGCAGAGAUUGCUAUGUACUACUCUGUGCUAUUUGAUAUUUGGAGAAAAGGUAAAGAAAUAGAAUUUUUGAAAGCUUUACAUUGAUAUAAUUAUUGUAAUAUCAUAUUUUGUAUGGAAUGCACUACAAUUAUAUCACCUAAUCAAUUUAUAUAAAGCAUAGGUAUAUUUAAACUUAAAAAAGAAAUCCAAAAAAGAAGAAAAAAAAGCAAAUUAAACUUCUAACUGUAUGAGGAUCUAUUAAAUUGUCGCAGUUAUGAAAUAUCAGUACGAUUAAUGAGAAUUAAACGUUUAUUCCACAACUCGCCAAAUACAGAUAAAUAAAUUAUGCUCCGAAGAUAUCAAGUUACGAGUUUUUUUUCUUUCUUGAUGAAAAAAAACGCUCAACCUGUUCAUUAUGGUAUAAUAGGUAUGGUAUAGGUAAUUCAGUUUGUUAAUUACAUUUUUUUCAACAGAAAAUUUCAAAUCACAGUUUGUAAAAGAUUUUGAUUCCCUAGCAUAAUUAUUUAUGUGAUCAUUUCCACAUUUAGAGUUAUAAAGAAUCUGUGACUAGGAUUUUCUAUACAUUGUUGGUUAUUUCUUUUCUCUUUCUACUGCAUACUCACUUUUAAUAGUAUACCUGCGAUACGAAAAUCUCUAUAAUGAAACGUAAUAUCAUUAUAAUAGGAUGUAAGACUAAAUAAUUUUUGGUCCCUGUACCAACUGGGAAUAGAUAUUUGUGAAACCCAUGUCCAAAAUAUAUCUAUCAUACGAUACGUACGUACAUACAUGUGUAUAUUAAAAAACAAACAAACUCUGUAUCGUUAGAAUCUAGUUGAUUUUUUUCAAUGAUUGUGGCAUUAAACAAUUUUGCUAUCGAUAAGGUGCUGCGUGGUAAAUAUUAUUAAUGGAGUCUGAAAGAACGAGGUGUCGAUUGCCUAGAAUUACCCUACAAUUAACACUGAACAAUGAUAAUAUCACUGAAAUUUACUAUCAAUGAAAAAAUGCAAUAUCGAGUAGUAUACAUAUGUAUAUGCCUAUAAUUUAUAUGACGAUGGCAAAUACCUUGGCAAUCGUAAUGGAAUAUUUAUUUGUUAUGAUUAGUUAUAGUAUACAGACAUAGGUUUCAUAUUCAACAAAAGAUAAAAUAGUAAUGGAAAAAGAGGAAAAAAACUAAAUUAUUUUAUUGUAACUUUUAUUGUUGUUGAUCAGUGGUAAAAAAGAAUUUAGUGGCAACAAAAUCUCGUAUAUUUGAUAAUAUUAUUAUAUCACAUUAUAUUAUAUAUUAGACAGAGAUAUGUUGCAUUUUAUGUUAUUAUCAUUAUUUCAUUCAUGUAUAAUUUUCAAUUUAUCCGCGUAAACAUUUUAUUGUUUUUAUUUACGCAUAUGUAUUUGUUUAUUAUCACGAUAUGCAAUGAUUACAUAAUAUAACUAAUAACGGUAAUAAUAAUUAAUCAUUGGUAAAACAA